CCGAGAGCUUGGGGCGUCUGGAGGCUGCCAGGCUGCGGGCGCUCGGGAGUGCGGGUGUUUGCGGCCUGCGUUCGGCCAGCUCCAUCCGCUCACUACCUGAAGCAGCGAGGCACAGCGAGCCGAGCCUCCCCGCUCCCUGGGCUCUAUGGCCAUGGAGAAUCAGGUGCUGACGCCUCACGUCUACUGGGCUCAGCGACAUCGCGAGCUGUAUCUGCGCGUGGAGCUGAGUGACGUGCAGAACCCUGCCAUCAGCAUCACUGAAAAUGUGCUGCAUUUCAAAGCUCAGGGACAUGGUGCCAAAGGAGACAAUGUCUAUGAAUUUCACCUGGAGUUCUUAGAUCUUGUGAAGCCAGAGCCGGUUUACAAACUGACCCAGAGGCAGGUAAACAUUACGGUACAGAAGAAGGUGAGUCAGUGGUGGGAAAGACUCACCAAGCAGGAGAAGCGCCCACUGUUUUUGGCCCCUGACUUUGAUCGCUGGCUGGAUGAAUCUGAUGCAGAAAUGGAACUCAGAGCCAAGGAAGAAGAACGUCUAAAUAAGCUCAGACUAGAAAGCCAAGGCUCCCCUGAAACUCUUACAAGCUUGAAGAAAGGAUACUUAUUCAUGUAUAAUCUCGUGCAGUUCUUGGGAUUCUCCUGGAUCUUUGUCAAUCUGACUGUGCGCUUCUUUAUCUUGGGAAAAGAGUCCUUUUAUGACACAUUCCACACCGUGGCUGACAUGAUGUAUUUCUGCCAGAUGCUGGCAGUUGUGGAAACUAUCAACGCAGCAAUUGGAGUCACUAGCUCACCAGUGAUGCCUUCUCUUAUCCAGCUUCUUGGAAGAAAUUUCAUUUUGUUUAUCAUCUUUGGCACCAUGGAAGAGAUGCAAAAUAAAGCUGUGGUGUUCUUUGUGUUUUAUAUGUGGAGCGCAAUUGAAAUUUUCAGAUACCCCUUCUAUAUGCUUUCCUGCAUUGACAUGGAUUGGAAGGUGCUCACAUGGCUUCGUUACACUGUGUGGAUUCCCAUAUACCCUCUGGGAUGUUUGGCAGAAGCGGUUUCAGUGAUCCAGUCCAUUCCAAUAUUCAAUGAAACAGGAAGAUUCAGUUUUACAUUGCCAUAUCCUGUGAAAAUCAAAGUUAGAUUUUCCUUUUUUCUUCAGAUUUAUCUUAUAAUGUUAUUUUUAGGAUUAUACAUAAAUUUUCGUCACCUUUAUAAACAGCGCAGGCGGCGCUAUGGACAAAAAAAGAAAAAGAUCCACUAAAAAGAGAGAUUUAGAUGGUUUCUUGCCAGUUUGAGCCUAAUCUAUGAUUCUUACAGUUUUACCUUCUUGUACUGAUGUAAACAUUUUUUUUUUUAAAGUUAAAAAAUUCUCAGUGAGGCUAUCUUUCUUUCCCCAGUAACAUUCCUGAAUUUACUAUAUUAUCUUCAUGUAAUACUUGCAUGACAUGGAUUCCUGGUAUCUGACAACAGGUUCAUUCUUGUGUAUUCAGUAAUGACACAAAAGGCUCAGCCCCACCCCACUUCAUAUCGUCGGGUUCUUAUAUGCCAGAGAUAUUGUUUCAGUGCUCUAUACCUAUAAGGUACCCAAGGGGUUACUUGCAUAGUGGAUGGCAUUGACUUUUUGAAAGUCAAUUAGUCUUGGUCAUUGAUAAAACAUUUCUGAGUCAGAUGGGGCUGGAGCACAUUUUACAUCUGACAUCUUUUGGCCUAGCAUCAUCUAUUACUAUAGUGCUUACCUGUGUGGGCAUUGAAGGGGCAGAGUGAUUUGGGAGAAACAGUCAGGGACCUUGGAACACCCAUGAUUAUUUAUUUCUAGGUAAAUCAGAAAUGUUUUCAACACUAAAGAGGGACAUUAUAAGUGUUCUAAACUCAGUGGCUUCAGGGAUCAAAAGGGAACACAAAUAUGUGGGCCAGUUGUCAGUGAUACAGUUACUGGCAAUAUAGUCUUUGGCAAACUGAAACAUUAAAGUAGGCCAAACAUGCCUACCCAACUUUUGAACUACAAACAUAAAAGUCAGCCUUUAUUCCCCUGUACUGCUUGAGUCCAUUUAGUUGUGUGUUUCUCUGAGUGAGGGGUGAGGCUAUACAUUUUUGAACCUCACAAACACCUUUUUUCUGCUGUUGUUAAGAUUGCCUUUUUUACCUGUCUGCAGUCGGACACUGAAAACAGAGGGUGGGAACUUUAGCUGGGGAAUGACCAGCUGAUCCUUUAAUAAGGAUUCCUGCAGGAAACCCACCAAAAGGGAAAGGAAAUUGAAAAAAGUUUAGAAUGGUUGGCCAUUGUAAAAAAACAUCGGUUUCCUCUAACACAUUCCACAUAAACCAAGUAAAUAAGUGUUAGAAGUAACACUUGUCUAAAACAAUUUAAGCAUGGUAGCGCUUUGUGUUCUGCCACUCCCGUUGUUCUUCGGGGAAGGGAGACUGGAUUAGUUAAUGCUAUUUCACUGAGCCCAAGGUGGAAACCUGAGUUGACCUAAAGCAUCUGAUUACCAUAUGUGGGCUGAUUUUUUAAAAACUCAUUGCACUGAAGGGUAUUUUGCAUGUCUGUAACUUCUGUCAACACUUGUUUGUAUUGACUUCUGAUAUUCCUUCAACUGUGUAAAUGGGCAGAUCAGCUUUGCAGUAGAUUAUGCUGCAUUCUUGUGGCAAAAUCCUGUGUUCUUAGUGAUAGGAACCCUUUUAUUGCUGUCUGAGAAA